AUGCCAGACGUAGACACUAUACUUCGUACAAUAGGUCAAUGGACAUACAUAAUAGUAACUGACCUAACAAGCGCAUUCUACCAAAUUCCUUUGUCGAAGGAGUCCAUGAAGUAUUGCGGAGUAGCGACACCUUACAAAGGCAUACGUGUUUAUACAAGAUCUGCCAUGGGUAUGCCAGGCUCAGAAACGGCAUUGGAAGAACUCAUGUGUCGUGUGCUAGGUGAUUUAUUGCAAGAAGGUGUUGUGGCGAAACUUGCAGAUGAUUUGUACAUCGGUGGAAACACUACAGACGAAGUCCUUGCCAAUUGGACCCGUGUAUUAGAUGCUUUACAGAAAAACAACUUGAAACUGAAGCCCACAAAAACCAUCAUAUGUCCAAGAUCCACUACGAUCCUUGGAUGGAUAUGGUCCCAAGGAAAAUUUUCAGCAAGCCCCCAUCGUAUAGCUUCUCUUUCGGCUUGUCCACCCCUUCAAACUGUCCAUGGGUUACGAUCAUACAUUGGCGCUUACAAGGUGUUGGGUCGUGUUCUACCUGGUUGUUCGCAAUUGAUAGCUCCACUCGACAACAUUACAGCUGGUGGGAACUCUUCAGACAAAAUCGUUUGGGAUGAAGCCUCACUUAAACAUUUUCAAAACACUCAGUCAGCACUAAAUUCAAACAAGUCAAUUGUCCUUCCUAGACCUACAGACCAACUUUGGAUAGUCACUGAUGGGUCAGUCAAGAAACGUGGCAUUGGCGCUACAUUAUACGUUACGCGGCAUGGCAAGCUGUUACUCGCUGGAUUCUUCAGUGCCAAGUUACGAAAACACCAGGUCACUUGGUUACCUUGUGAGAUAGAGGCUCUUGGCAUUGCAGCCGCAGUCAAGCACUUCAGUCCAUACAUUAUACAGUCCAGUCAGCAGACGUGUGUGCUAACAGACAGUAAACCGUGUGUUCAAGCAAUUGAUAAGUUAUGUAGAGGCGAGUUUUCUGCUAGUCCAAGAGUGACAUCCUUUCUUUCUGUUGUUAGCCGAUAUCAAGUACAUGUUAAACAUCUUGCUGGUUCUGCCAAUGUCCCAUCCGAUUUUUCCAGCCGCAACGCACCAGAAUGUGAAAACCCCACUUGCCAAAUAUGUACAUUUAUUCAUAUCACUGAGGAUUCUGUUGUUAGAGCGAUUAACAUAGAGGACGUACUUAACAGUAAGAGCCGCUUACCAUUCACAUCCAGAUCAGCUUGGAAAGAUAUUCAGUCAGAGUGCCCAGACCUUAGACGCGUUCAUUCACAUUUAUUACAAGGCACUAGGCCUUCAAAGAAACUAACAAAUGUUAAAGAUGUCAAACGUUACCUCAACUCUGUAUCUAUUGCCAAGGAUGGUAUACUUGUCGUAAAACAUACUGAUCCUCUUGUGUCUUCGGUUGACCUAAUUGUCGUACCCAGAUCUGCCAUUGAUGGUCUUAUCACCGCCUUGCAUAUCAAACUUGACCAUCCAUCAAAAAAUCAAAUACUACAGGUUUUGAAGAGACAUUUUUAUGCCUUGGACAUGAGCCAAGCAGUUGAAAGAGUUGAAAAUCUGUCUUCUAUUUCUGAAGAUAUGUUAUAA